CGUGAUUCCUCUCGUUUACGGUUCUUCCUUUUCCUUUACUAUCGCUGCAAGGUUAUUUACCGUAUAUAAUUUUUUGUUGCUUAUGCUGAAGGGAGAAGAAAGAAAAAGUGUGAAAAUGAUUGGUAGUUUUGUGAAUAAUAUAAGAAGUCGAUUAACAUCUCGAGUGAGCGAUGUGGAAUCAAUGAAUAUUUCAAUUCAUUCAACAGAUGGUUCCAAAUCGACAUCGCUUCUUGAUAAAAUUCUGAAUGCGAGUUAUUCGCUCGUCAGUCAGCAUCAGGAUGAUGCAUAUUGUAGUAAUAAUGUAUUCAUGCUUCCUCGGGCUUAUACGGAGUCAUGUCGAUCUCCCAUUUCAUUAAAACCAUCAGAAAAGUCUCUAGACGAGCUCGAUAAUAUUGUUGAUAAAUUUGUACGGUGCAUUAGCUUGGAAAAUGACUACGAUAGUAAUAGGAAAAAUGAUCGUGAAGCAAUUCGUCGACGACUUGCUAUGGGUGAGGAGGAUGAUUAUUUGGCAGCAGCACAUCGACCGAUACGAAAACCAAAUUUACAGUCGCGCUUGCAAAACGGCAUGAAUUUGCAAAUUUGCUUCAUGAAUGAAGCCGCAUCGGACAGCGAGAGUUCCGAUAGCGAGACAUGUCCGAAACUUUCACAGGGCAUGAAUAAGCGAAAAACUAUUCAGCGAUCGAGUAGCCUUAUGAGUCAUCGUAGUACGGCACUAAAUAAUAAUCCAUAUAGUUCUCGUCCACUUUCCAUUGCUACAUCAGUUUUAGAUCGUAAUGAGAAAGCCGUUCGUCCAAUAACGUUGACAUUGAGUGACGCAAAUGAUAACAAUUUUUUCACGCAUCAAGCUCGCCUUCAAAUUGAAGCACGUAUGGCCCUCGCCCAGGCAAAAGAUAUGGCUCAUAUGCAAAUGGAGUUCGAACGUCAAAAGCAACCCAUGUGUCCAAUAACAGAGCUUGUGCAUAAAACACUCGAGAAAGUAGGCAUGAAAGUGCCACACACAAAGCGACGCUUAUCGCGACAAAUGUUAACCAACAUGAAUAUUGCUCAAUUGCAAAUUAUCAUCAAUGAGUUUCAUUCAUUCAUCGAAACGCUCAAUGAGAUACUCGUCAAGUACUUAAUGGAUCGUGAUGAUUUUAGUAUGCGACAGGACUCGAUGCUCAUCGACAUAGAGGAUAUAACAAGAUACUUAGCGGAAAAGGAAGAAUCACAAUUGAUGAAUAAUGGAACACAGAAGCAGCAACAACAAUCACAGCUUAGACAGCAUCUUGACCCGAAAAAGGCUUUUCCUAAUCGAACAAGCUCCGUUCGACAGCAGCAACAUCCGACAAAUAUCACGUAUCUGCAAAAUAAUAAUAAUAAUAAUAAUAAUAAUAAUAUCAAUAAUAACAAUAAGAAGAAAUCAUUGGUGGUUAAUGGAAACGGACAUUCAUCGGUGAUAACAUCAAUUUCACGUGAGAAAUUCGAACAACGGAAUCGUCUUCAUCUUUAAGUCUUAUAAGUAUUAUGACGAUAUGUAAAUUCAUAUUGUGAAUGUAUGUGAAUAAUAUAGACCAGCAACAAACUCUUCUUUUCCUUAUGAUAAUAAAACUAUUAAUAAUAUGAUGAUAACUACUAUAAUAUGUAUAUGGAAUGACGAAGGUAGUGAAUGCGUGAUUGAAUUUCCAAUUGCAACUUAAAAUGAUAAAAGAUAGCAUCAUCACAUUUAAGAAGACAAAUGAUAAACUACGAUCAUGUAUGCCCUCUUACACAUUAAUCCAUUAUUCAUUAUAAUAGAGCUCUAUAGGAAAUAUGAGAAAGUCUGUUCAUGAUGAGAAAACAUUGAAAAAUUGUUUAAUUCACUAAAUUAUUUUUAUAAUUUUACGAAAGAUAUUGUUGAAAAUUAGAAUGUUUGCUGUUCAUUCUCUGUGACUAGGUUCCGUGGAUAGUUUGAAAUUUAGAAAAUUAGAAGGUGUUUUGAUUCCAAAAAACAUCCUUUGACUACAUUAUAACUUAAAACUAAGAAUUUGCCUUUGUUAAGGUUUAACCUUGGUACUUGCUGUGUGGACCUAAUUGUUUCCGAUCAGAUAAGCGCAAAGAACAUGAUUAGACACCUAGUCAACAAGACCCACAACAAACAUCUCUGUGAAAUAAUUUUUUAUGAUAUUUUUAUAACUUAAGUUCAUGAUUGAAUUUAUUGGUGUACAUUAGUUAUCAGUUCGUAAACUGUUUAUAGAUUAUUUUGGAAAAUUUAUGAUUUCAAUAAAAUUUCAAUUUCAAAAGUUAAA